AUGAAUUGGACAGGAGGACGCCUGCAGAGGCAUUCUGGAAAGUCUUCUCGUGGUGCUGGUGCCUUGACCAAUAGACAAAAGGAGCACUUCGCGAAAGUGAGAGCCAACUUACGAAGCUGUGGUCAAAGAAAUACUCCUAAAGAAUGGUUGAUCUUUGAUAGAAUUCCGGUUGGUGGUCAGUCAAAAGGACAAUCGUCCAAGGAUCAUGCCAAUUCAAUGAGGAAUCAUGAGCAUACUUCGAGACAGGAAAGGGGGGGAAAUGGAAUUAGGCCUGGACGUUGGGCUGAUCGCAAAGAAUACAAUGAAUCUCUUACAUCUCAUUCAACACAGAGAGGCCCUCAAGAAAUACGUGAGAAUGCUCGUCCUUCGUCAGUUGAGAUCUUUCAAAGAAGUUCCCAACCUGACGAUGAUUUUUACAACGCGACCCCUCCACCAGUAAGAGCCAAGCGCGAACAUAUUGCAUCCUCAGCAGCUAGAGAUAUUUCGCAAAACUAUGAGUUGCAAGAACUAAGUGAAGACCCUAUAGAAGAGAGAAUACGAAAAUUAUUGAGUCAGAAAGACUGGGUUGGCUUAAGCCUUCGCCGCCAACCACAGCUGAAGGUCAAAGGCUCAGAAUAUGAUCCAGAUAUUGGAAAAAGAAGAAAAAUGAUAGACGGCCAUGGAGCAAGAUAUUCCAAACUUCAAACAAGAAUCAGCUCGCCAUUCGCGGCAAGGAAAAUUCGAAUUCGUCAAGAGGAAGAGGGUCAUACACGGGAAAGGAUGCCAAAAAAUGAUGUUAGGAUUUCCAUUGGUAAUAGGAUCAUCCCACCGGGCAUAAGUUCUAGCUCGCAACCGAACAAAAUCAAUCACCAAUUUACAUCGCGUAUGAUGCAUCAAAUAUCGUCACCAGAUCAUAUGUUGCUAGACGAUGAUUAUAUCAUGGACCAGGAAGAUUUGAAUAGUGAUAGAAAUCUUUCCACUUUCGAAAUAAGAACAUAUGGCGAUGGAGGACAUCGAGCUUCUGCAAUGAGUAAUCGAUCAAACGCAAUCCAAGAUGAGCUUAGAAGUAAAGAUUCCCCAUUCUCUCGCACAUCCGUCAGAUCAAGUUGUAAUACUAGUAUGAAACAACCAGUGCCGACCCGUCCCACAAAGCAUCCAGUUCUCUAUAUAAGUUCACCUAAGUGCAACAGCAGUAUGCUUGCACAGGUUGGAGAAUCAAAAGGUGAUGAUUCUGAAAAUCAAGUUAUGGAGGAUGACUUGUGGAGGACAUGGAUGGCGCCUUCCGCACAAGAUACAGAAUAUUGUAGUUAUGAUAUUCCAAGAGAAGGAGACUCAGAAGACCAAAUGGUCCCAAUAAGCCCGGAACUGAGCGCAAUUCCAACCUCCAAUGAGGGCACUUUUAGUGCAUCGAGACUCGAAAAUGAAGGUUCGGGCGGACAAUAUCAGCAUGCCGGGUCCUGGGAAGGCUGCGAGAGCUCGCCAACACAGGAGGAGUUUGCAGAACGAUAUAACAAAGAUAUAUACCAUUUUGAAAACGCCAACCACAUACGGCACAAUGAUGUAUCACACAGUUCGGACUUCUCUGACCAGUCCCUCUCGUCUGAUUGUUGCGAGCCUAGAGGUGGCGAAGGAGCAAUCUCUUCUGACCAAUAUAUGGACGAAGACCAUGUCUCGAAUGAACCGCAAUAUACUCAAUCUUCACAGAGAAGAUCUUCAAGCAUUGCUUGGGACCCUCCUAAGGACUCAACUCCUGAUGCAAUCGAGCCUUGUCAACGCAAGUGUACUGAUCGUUCACGGCCCAACAUUUACUGUCUUCAGCGGAGCACCACUGUUGCUAGACAAAAUAUUGAACCGGAUAAGACUCUUCCACAGCAGGAAGUUGUGCAGUGGAAAUCAAGCCACAAGCUUGAUGGGAGAGAUAUUCGCGCUGUCAAAGCUCUUGAGGACGGGACAGACCGAAAUAAGCUUUGGAUGAAGUUUAUUUUUGGGAAAGAUAGUGGAGACGAGGAGGAGAUGUUAUUCAGCAGGACUACAUCCACCAGGACUAGACUAGCAAGCAACCAGUUAAAGUCUCCUAGAGGUUUAGAUUCCGAUAUGACUGCCAGUCGUUCACCUGCGGGACAUGAAAAUCGGAGGGAUCGGAGGGUACAAGCAUCAUCAACGACCUCAACAUCUGUACACAACUCUAUCAAGCCUGAAAUCCAAUUACAACCUAGAUAUACUACACCAGUCUGCAAUUACGGCCGUUGGCACAAUCCCCAGCAAGAUGACGAUGCAACCAACUUUAAAUCCUCGUUUCAUGGUGACUGUCCAUCUUCAGAGCCAGAAUCGGUUUCUAUGAUCGCCGUUCCAGGUUCCCAAAUCGAUGUAUCAGAGCCAAACCAGAUGAGGUCUUUCCUAGGAACACAACGCAAAGUCGUCUUCACAAAGCAUCAACCUUUUGUUGGAUCGAGAGCAAACGCACAGUCCUUAUCUCCUGAUAGGACUACGCAUAUUGGCAGAGGAGGGUCCGGGAAGCAGACCAGUAGUGGUCCUGGCAUGAAGCUUGUAGAGGAUGUAGAGGAUGAUUAA